AUGUGUAAACACAUCCUCAACGCCCAAGUUUCUAUCAGAUCACCCUGUUGUCGGAAAUGGUUCGACUGUGCCGAAUGCCACGCAGAGAAUGAAUCCCACCCUCUUCUACAAAAGACAGAAAUGACAUUCGCUUGCAAAAAAUGCAAAAAGGCCUUCCGGAAAGACGCCCAAGAGUUCGAAGAGUCCGACGAGUACUGCCCGCACUGCGACAAUCACUUUGUCCUCGACGCCGUGACGCCAAAGGCGCGGCUGGAGGUCGAAGGCGAGGACGUGAGGAUCGACAGUCGGAUGUUGAAGGAUGAGCGGAUGCGUGGGGAGGAGCUGCGCACAAUCUUUGAUGUGAAGGAGGCGCCCAAUAAAUUGGGUUGA